GUUUUUCACGGUCCUCAAUUUUUGUACUGUCUUAGAAUUAAGAAAUAUAUGUGUGAGUGUGGCAAAGAAAAGAUGGCCUCCUUGCAAGAACCAUGGCUAUUGGAGAACGGAAACUUGAAAGGUUCCAGCAAGGAGAUUCGCCAUGGCAGGACUGCACACAACAUGUCGUCCUCCUCAUUGCGGAAAAAGUCGGACCUGACGCUUGUUUCCAAAGUUCGAUAUGGAAGGCUUAGGCAGUUCCUCACCAAUAUUCAAGAGGUCAUUCUAGGGACUAAACUCUCGGUUCUCUUUCCGGCUAUUCCACUGGCGGUUGUUGCUGAGUGCCAUGGGUUUGGACGGCCCUGGGUUUUUGCAUUAAGUUUACUUGGACUUAUACCAUUAGCUGAACGAGUCAGCUUUCUCACCGAGCAAAUUGCUUGUUACACAAGUCCAGCAGUGGGAGGGCUGUUGAAUGCAACCUGUGGCAAUGCUACAGAGCUGAUCAUAGCAAUUUUUGCACUAAGCCAAUAUAAAAUAGAGUUGGUCAAGUAUUCCCUGCUGGGUUCUAUCCUAUCAAACCUGCUUUUGGUUCUUGGAACCUCUCUCUUCUGCGGCGGUAUUGCCAACCUGAGAAAGGAACAAAAAUAUGAUAGAAGACAAGCCGAUGUGAACUCCCUCCUUCUGCUGCUUGGGUUAUUGUGCCAUUCGCUGCCAUUGUUGUUUCGAAUGACUGGGGAAUUCACUGCUGUCACCGCCGACCCAACACUGCAGUUGUCGAGAGCAAGCAGCAUUGUCAUGUUGAUUGCGUACCUUUCAUACCUGAUCUUCCAAUUACUCACACAUCGGCAAUUGUUUGAAGCUCAGGAGGAAUCAGAAGAUGACGAAGAUGGACUAUCAGAAGAAGCACCAGUAAUUGGAUUUUGGAGUGGACUUAUCUGGCUAGUUGGAAUGACUGCUGCCAUCUCUUUGCUGUCUGAAUAUGUUGUAGAAACAAUUGAGGAUGUCUCGGGUUCUUGGGGAAUUUCUGUUAGCUUCAUCAGCAUUAUUCUGCUACCUAUUGUCGGAAAUGCACCAGAACAUGCAGGAGCAAUCAUUUUUGCUUUUAAAAACAAGCUGGAUAUUUCUUUGGGCGUUGCAUUAGGAUCCGCAACUCAAGUUUCCAUGUUUGUGGUCCCACUCUCCGUGAUUGUGGCUUGGAUUAUGGGUAUUAAGAUGGAUCUUAAUUUCAGUCUCCUCGAAACUGGCUCUCUCGCUCUAUCAACUGUUGCCAUUGCCUUCACUUUACAAGAUGGUACUUCUCACUACAUGAAAGGACUGAUUCUUCUACUGCUCUACAUUGUUAUUGGAACUUGCUUUUUUGUAUCCACAACACCUCCAAACCAAGUAAACAUCACAAACUCGGGAACUAAAAUAACCAUUGACACAAUCUUCGGAACUUGAUUAUAAGCUUUGCCGUCUUGGGGUCACUUUGUUUAUACACAUAUUUUUGGAACUUCAACAGAGAUUUCACGCAUUUGUCAUUCGUUUAUUAUGGAAUGGGCCUGCCCAAAAGCUAACAAUUCGCAGUCACUCCGCCGCAUAGAUGUUGCCAUGCCUUCAAAAUUCAAAGCUGAGAUGGAUACUACAUAUAAAUAUAUGGUUUACAUUGGUAUAUAUACCAUUGAAACUUGAUGAAGACAGGCUACAGUAUACAACACAGCGUUCUGUCACUGGUUUUUUUGCUUUGUUUACGCCGAGCAUAGUAGUGGCAAAUGAGGUAACUCAGGCGUUGGUUUCCCUCAAACAGGCGUUGGCAUCUGUAAACAUGGUUCAACACUAGGAAGUCAUAUUGUGUUAAAAAACAUCACUACUAUUUGUUACUGUCAUUAUAUUUGUAUAUCUCUUUACCGUGAUUUUGCAUUCUCUAAUGCUAUAAUUUAAGGUGUGUUAGAUUCCCAACCAUGUAAAUUUCUGUAGCUGGUAGGAUUUCAUCAGGUCAGAAAUGAAAGUUCCUAUACUUGCUUGUUGCUGCUAUGUUCUAUAGUAUCUUUUAAAAUACUCUUUUUCAACAUCAUGUUAG